GCCCUUUGCACAGUUUCACCCGCAAAGCUCCGGCGCUCCUUUGUAAUUGUGACAGCGCUCAUUUAACGUCGGGGAGGCACAAUCUGCGCAUCCCUGUGGCAACUGGGUGGUGCUUGCAAAUACGGAGGUGAACUGAGGUGCGUUGUAGGUGACUUCGUGUGUGGUAUCAACAGAUAGCCCGAUGUGUCAGCGUAAAGGCACUGCGGCGGGACGGCAGAUACUGUAGUGCGCGAACUGGUCGCCCAGAAAAGAAUGACGUGGACGUGCACGGCUGAUGGGUCCUGGGCUGUGGAGCAGGCAGGAUAAUGGAGGACAGGAUCACUCAGCGGAUGCAGUAACGGGACGAGACGAGUGCCGAGAGGGUGGGCCGCCAUGGCGACCGGUGGUCAGGUGCAGGCGGAGGGCAAGGCCCCGGGGCCCAGCGUUUUCUGCAAGCUUUGCCUUAGCGACUGCCCUCCAGCCGGCGCGAGCUCGCUGCACGCCUGCGACUGUGUCUUCUGCACUGCGUGUUUGCGGCAGUAUGUGCAGCUGGCUAUUAGGGAGGGCGGGGGCGCCCCCAUCACUUGUCCCGACAUGGGGUGUCCGACCAAAGGAUCGCUGCUGGACUCUGAGAUCGCCUGCUUCGCCCCAGCAGACAAAGUGCAGCUCUACCAGCGACUAAAAUUUGAAAGAGGGGUGCAGCUUGACCCCAGCAAGGCCUGGUGCCCAGUGGUGGAGUGCCAGGCUGUGUGCAGUGUGAGGCCUGACGCGGAGGGCCGCCCCACAUCUGUGCCCUGCCCCGCCUGCCGCGCCAUCUUCUGCUCCCUCUGCAGGAGGUCCUGGGAGGACGGGCACGCCUGUGCUGAAAGCCGGCCCCUGACAUCGCCCUCCCUGGAGGACAGUGUUCGGCUUGGCUGCGAGGCGGACGCCCCCAUAAAGCAGUGCCCCAUGUGUGGCGUCUACAUCGAGCGCAACCAGGGCUGCGCCCAGAUGCUGUGCAAAAGCUGCAAGCACACUUUCUGCUGGUACUGCCUCCAGAACCUCGAUGGUGACAUAUUCCUACGACACUAUGACAAGGGGCCAUGCAGAAACAAGCUGGGUCACUCCCGAGCAUCUGUCAUGUGGAACAGAACACAGGUGGUGGGCAUCCUGGUUGGCGUCAGCGUCAUCGUGCUGGUGACAUCCCCUCUCCUGCUGUUGGCCUCGCCCUGCAUCAUGUGCUGCGUGUGCAAGCCCUGCAGGGCCAAGAAGACGAAGAACAAGAAAAAGAAGAAGAAGAAGAGGGAGGCUGGCCAAUCAGAUUCUACUGUAUAGAAACAUAUCCGCUCCCUGCAGCCCACCUCCCAUCUCCACGUGCCAAUUUUCGUAAUCUGUACUGAACCAGUCUCGCUGGGUGCAGAGGUGCCUAUUUGCACAGUGCCUAGCAUUCGGUGGUCAGGGGUUAUGUUGCCUUCCAUUCAAUUAUGCAAAAAUAAAUGUUGUAUAUGAAUAAAAAAGACAACUCAAUAACAGGAAAAAAAUCUUAGAUAAAUGCAAGACAUUAUUUUACAUGGUUAUGUGCUAUGAAAUUUGCAUUCUGUACUGUACUGGAUACUGGGAAAGACUGCAAACGUUAGCGGUUCUACAUUAAAAGCAUUCCUGCAGCAACCUCUCCUGAUUUCCCAUUGGGUAUUUAAUACCAAAGGCUGUGAUGAGCCAU